AUGGAAAUUGAAAAACCUUCAAUAACACCAAAGAAAUUACCUCAAUUACAAGAAUCUGCUUUACCAGCACCAUCUCAAACCCAAUCACAGAUUCAAGUCCAAACUCAAACUCAAGCUAAAACUACUGGAAGAUUAGUUGGCGAAGAAUUACAACAUUGGCAACAAUCAUGGAGAAAAAUCAUGAAAGAAUCAACCGUUUAUUUCGAAGGUGUUCAAGAAUAUAAUCGAUUACAAAUGACAGAAUAUAAACGAGCAUCAAAAUUAUUAAGAUUAGUUGGAAGUGAAAUAACUUCAUUCUAUGAUAAUGAUGUAACCAUCAUUGUUUCAAGAAGACCAUAUAAUUCCAAACGAGAAUAUCCUUCCAAUGAUAUAUUCUCCAAUGUAGCCAAUUUAAAAAUCAAAGUAUGGGAUUAUGAUAAAGUAUUUCGAUUCUUAAAAAAUUUAGGGAUAAAUAUUCAAACUGGAAUUGAUGAAAUUGAAAAUAAAUCAAAACUUGGUAAAGAUAAUAAUUUAUAUACUUUAUUAAAAGAAGAAAAAAUUUAUGGUUCAACUGAUAGAGAUCCUAAUACAAAACGUGAUGAUUUACAUUAUUUCGAUAAAAAUUAUCUUUAUGUCUAUGAUUUAUCUCAAAAAGUUAGACCAAUAGCCAUAAAAGAAUGGCAUGAUGAUAUAAGUUAUCCCAUAUUUAAUCUUACUAUGGAUGGGAAAUGUCCUUUUAUAAAUGAUCCAAAUGAUGCUAAUUCAGAUCGAAAAAAAUUAAGAAGAUUAAAAAAAUUCGAUGCUACUAAAGAUUAUCGUGAUUUACUUAAAAAGGCUACCUAUAAUAUUAUAAAUAAUAUCAAAUAUGGAAGUUCCAAUAGUAAUAAUAGUAAUAAUAUGAAAUCUUCAGGAUUUACAGGAACAAGUACAAGUCAAUUAACUAGAAAUUCAUCUUGUAUACAGGCUAAUUCAAAUUCAAAAUUAUUCGAUGUAGCAGCUUCAGGAUUUAAUGGUGCUUCAAAUGCUAUGAGUUUUUCAAUGGAUUCUACUUUAAAUUCAGGUUCAGCUCAAGGCAAUGGUUUAGGUCCAAUGACAUCUCAAGUUCCAUCCCGUAAUAUAAAUAAUUUGAAAAGAAGAAUUAUAAUGAAAAAACAACAACAAAGAGAAAAUACCAUCCAACAAUUACAACAACAACAACAACAACAACAACAACAACAACAGCAACCUCAAGAUAGUAAAGAUAGUAAAGAGGCCGCUGGUUAUUGUGAGAAUUGUCGUGCUAAAUAUGAUAGUUUCACUCGUCAUAUCCAAUCAAACAGACAUCGGAAUUUCGCCUGUACUGAUUCAAAUUUUGAAGAUAUCGAUCGUUUAAUUGAAACCUUACAUGAAAGUAGAACUUUAGGGUAUAUUGCUUCUAAUGGUGAUUUCAAUUAUGCUUGA